AUUUCAACCAACGCGGGCACCGAAAGUUCCUGGACGUCACCGUACGCAAUCCCACCAUUAAAUUUAUAACUUCAAUUCAAAAUAACAGGUUUUAAUUUGAGAAAUUUCGAAGUAAUUUCACUCACCACCUCUCUCUCUCUCUCUCACGCUAUCUGCGCCGUUCUCUUCAUCGCACGAACCAUACCGUCGCCAUUGUCACCUUCUUCAAGCUUUCAUCGUCGCCGUUCACUGCUGGUAAACUUUCAUCUGUCGCCUUCAUCAGAACAGGUUUUGAACUGUGAAAAAACGGAGAUUGAAACGGCGCUAUCUCCCCUCGACUCGAACGGAAAUUCGGAACUAUGAUUGAGGAAAACAGGACCUCGCCUGACGAUUUAGAAGCUGGAAACAGCCACCGUGACCUCCCGGAGGAAGGUGAUGAGCUUUCAGGGCCGUUCGACAUUGUCAGGACUAAAAGUGCUCCGGUGGACCGUCUGCGUAGAUGGCGGCAAGCUGCGCUUGUCCUGAAUGCUUCCCGACGAUUUCGGUAUACAUUAGACUUGAAGAAAGAAGAAGAGAGGGAAAAAUUGCUUGGAAAGAUUAGAACACAUGCUCAAGUCAUUCGGGCUGCCGUUCUUUUCCAAGUGGCUGGUCAAGAACUAAAUGAUGGGCAGUUAUCAUUUUGUGAGCUUCAGCUGCUAUCUACUUUCAUAACAUGGUCAUUGGUUGAAAUUCUUCACCUAGGUCAAGGAAUUUCAGAGCUGCCUUCAAGCCCAAUUCAGAAUGGUGAGUUUGGUGUCUCCGCAGAUGAACUUGUUUCGGUAUCCAGGGAGCAUGAUCUUCCUCGUCUGCAGCAAUUUGGAGGGGCAAGUUCAUCACUGUUUUGCAGCUCUGCAUAUUUGAGUUUGCUAUCCUUAUUGACUACAGGAGUGGCUGAGAAAUUGAAAUCAAGCUUGGAUAAGGGCGUACCUGGUAAUGAGACUGAUCUCAUGAAGAGAAAGAAAGCUUUUGGGUCAAAUACAUAUCCUCGGAAGAAAGGAAGGAGUUUCUGGAGGUUUGUCUUGGAUGCUUGUCGAGAUACCACUCUGAUAAUUCUGAUGGUUGCUGCAGCAGCCUCCUUGGCCCUUGGUAUAAAAACCGAGGGGAUAAAAGAAGGCUGGUACGAUGGAGGAAGUAUAGCCAUUGCAGUUCUUAUAGUAAUUGUUUUUACAGCUGUAAGUGAUUAUAAACAAUCCCUUCAGUUCCAAAAUUUGAAUGAAGAGAAGCAAAACAUACAAAUGGAGGUAAUUAGGAGCGGGCGGAGAAUUAAGAUUUCAAUAUUUGAUAUAGUUGUUGGAGACGUUGUGCCUCUCAAAAUUGGAGAUCAGGUACCAGCAGAUGGACUUGUAGUAUCUUGCCAUUCCCUUUCUAUUGACGAGUCCAGUAUGACUGGGGAAAGUAAAAUAGUUCACAAGGAUCCUACACGAACACCCUUUCUGAUGUCUGGAUGCAAGGUAGCCGAUGGCUAUGGCACUAUGCUGGUAACUUGUGUGGGAAUAAAUACAGAGUGGGGACUGCUUAUGGCUAGCAUAUCGGAGGAUAAUGGUGAAGAAACACCAUUACAGGUCCGAUUGAAUGGAGUUGCAACUUUUAUUGGCAUAGCUGGACUUGCUGUAGCAGUGAUUGUUCUGAUUGUCCUUGUCGCCAGGUAUUUUACUGGGCAUACAAGAGAUCCUUAUGGCAGAGUUCAAUUUACAGCUGGGAAGACUAAAGUUGGUGAUGCCAUAGAUGGAUUUAUAAAAAUAUUCACUGUUGCGGGUUGCCAGCUAAUCUGGGUAAACCCCCAGGUGACAAUUGUAGUAGUUGCAGUGCCGGAAGGUCUUCCAUUAGCUGUAACUCUGACCCUUGCGUAUUCGAUGAGAAAAAUGAUGGCCGAUAAGGCGUUGGUCAGGAGGCUAUCGGCCUGUGAAACAAUGGGAUCCGCGACCACCAUUUGCAGUGAUAAAACCGGGACUUUAACUCUGAAUCAGAUGACUGUAGUUGAGGUGUAUGCUUGUGAUAAGAAAAUUGAUCCUCCAGACAAUAAGUCCCUCCUUCCGCCAACAGCUGUUUCUUUGCUAUUCGAAGGCAUUGCACAAAAUACAACUGGAAGUGUUUAUGUGGCUGAGAAUGGUGGAGCUCCUGAGGUGUCUGGAUCACCAACUGAAAAGGCCAUUCUGCAGUGGGGGGUAAAACUUGGAAUGGAUUUUGGUGCUGUGCAAUCAGAUUCAGUUAUAAUUCAUGCUCUUCCAUUUAACUCGGAGAAGAAGCGAGGUGGUGUUGCGCUGAAAUUGUCCGACUCUAAAGUUCAUGUGCACUGGAAAGGAGCUGCAGAAAUUGUUCUCGCUUCUUGUACAAGUCACAUUGAUGCGAAUGACUGUGUGGUCCCAAUGGAUGAAGACAAGCUUUCCUUUUAUAAAAAAGCAAUUGAAGAUAUGGCUGCAGGAAGCUUGCGCUGCGUUGCUAUCGCCUGUAGGUUGUGUGAAAUGGAGAAGGUCCCAACUACUGAUGAGGAACUGGAGAAUUGGCAGUUCCCUGAGGGUGAUCUAAUUUUGUUAGCCAUUGUUGGUAUCAAGGACCCCUGUCGGCCAGGUGUGAAAGAUGCUGUUCAACUAUGCAUCAACGCUGGUAUUAAGGUACGAAUGGUCACUGGAGACAACCUUCAGACUGCUCGUGCAAUAGCUUUAGAGUGCGGUGUAUUAGGUUCAAAUGCAGAUGCCACUGAGCCUGAUCUUAUCGAAGGGAGGACAUUUCGUAGUCUUACUGAAACGCAAAGACUAGAAGUGGUAGAUAAAAUAUCGGUAAUGGGAAGGUCAUCACCGAAUGAUAAAUUAUUGCUUGUGCAAGCACUUAGAAAGAAGGGACACGUGGUUGCUGUCACUGGAGAUGGCACUAACGAUGCUCCUGCACUGCAUGAGGCUGAUAUCGGGCUAGCAAUGGGUAUUCAGGGCACAGAAGUUGCAAAAGAGAGUUCAGAUAUUAUUAUUUUGGAUGAUAACUUUGCUUCUGUGGUAAAGGUUGUGCGAUGGGGCAGAUCGGUUUAUGCCAAUAUUCAGAAAUUCAUACAAUUUCAACUCACGGUUAACGUAGCGGCCUUAAUCAUAAAUGUUGUGGCUGCAGUUUCUGCUGGUAAUGUCCCUCUCAAUGCAGUGCAGCUUCUUUGGGUGAAUUUAAUUAUGGACACAUUAGGAGCUCUUGCGCUAGCCACAGAGCCUCCUACGGAUCAUCUCAUGCGCAGGCGCCCUGUUGGUAGAAGGGAACCACUUAUAACAAACAUCAUGUGGAGGAACUUGUUAAUUCAGGCUGCAUAUCAAGUCACUGUACUCUUAGUCCUCAAUUUCCGAGGAAGGAGCAUCCUGAAUCUGGAGCAUGAUUCGAGUGAUCAUGCUUUCAAAGUGAAGAACACUCUUAUAUUUAAUGCAUUCGUACUCUAUGUAUAUAGUGUUUGCAAGUUGUUUGAUUCUAAUAUUGAUCUUUUCUGGCAUAUAUUCAAUGAAUUCAAUGCUCGAAAGCCAGAUGGAAUCAAUGUGUGGAAAGGAGUGACGAAGAACCAUCUCUUCAUGGGAAUAGUCGGACUUGAGUUGGUGCUUCAGGUUAUCAUAAUCUUUUUUCUGGGCAAGUUCACUUCUACUGUUCGGCUCAGUUGGAAACUUUGGCUCGUCUCAUUUGCUAUUGGUUUGGUCAGCUGGCCGCUUGCUAUUGUCGGGAAAUUGAUCCCCGUUCCAGAGAAAAAUUUCAGUGAAUUCCUAAUCAAGAAAACCCGUCAACCGAGAAAUUCUAACGGUUAACACAGAACUUCAUGGAUGCCAUGCAGUAUUCUUUUCUUUAGAUACAAAAACAGCAGCAUAGAAACAGAAUUGACUUGACAAGAUUUUGUCCAUGGCCAUGAUGUGAACAUAUUGUGCAUUUGCUGUUGAGUUCUAAACUAACCAAAUUAUUUUCACAAAUUAUUAUGUGAGAUGGUCUAACUGGUUAGGCCUAUCAUACUUAUGGGAUGUGAUAUUUUUUAUAUUAUUUUUUAAAUAUAAUAUUUUAAUUUAGAAUUGUGCAUAUUCGUUGAAAAG